CCUGGGUCGCCCGCGCAGAACACCACUUCCUUGAGCAUGUGUCUCCAGUCGUCCCUGUCUAUCUGGUUGCUGUGCUUUGCUGUGCUAGUGGCCAGCGCCUAUUCUGCAGCGUUUGGUGAUUCAGUCGAAGAAGGAGUGCGGGACAAGAAAAUCAUCACGCUUUUACGACGGAAUACCAAAGGCCAUGAUUCGGGACCGGCGCAGGCUUCGCCCGACAGCUGCAAGUUGUACGGUCACUCAUGCCUUGGAGGACACGGGAAACGUUCGGACGACGGCAGCGCUCCUGGCGGCGCUAUCUCCCCCGACGUGAUGCAGAUGCUACGCAAGACGUCCGAUGACGAAUCGCUGGGCCCUUUCCCGCCCCAAACGAGGUUCGACAGGGUGGGACUACUCGAGAAGGCGCUCAUCCAAUUGCUACGCAACAAGAUGAUGGUCUAAGCAUGAAGCUCGCCUCUUUCCGGUCAGGCAUCUCUACAGAGACCCCUGGCCCACAAAGCUGCCCGCACUUGAUGAACCGAUGCUGGAUGAGGCGAUGGAGACUACGAACGAAACUGCAGAGUUUUUGCACGGAUAACAAUAAAAGAAAAGAAUU